GACGCCGGCACGCCGCGUCGCGCGUGUUACCGCCGACCCACGCGCGCGUAAACAAGAAGACAACGUGCGCACGGACAGUCGACGGCGGUGCGUUUCUCUCACUCACGCAACAGGAGCCGGCCAUCUGUCAGUGCUGCGAACGAGUGGAACAUGCGGGCUCGCGUUCCUCGCGCGGUGUUUCUCGCCGGUUGGAGGAUGAGUUGAAGGCUCCGACCCGAGUUUUUUAUUCGCCGCGUGUGCGGUUGAAGGGCCGGUCGCCGGCGAUGGGACUUCUCAGGCGUUGAGGGAACUCGCCCGUCUUCAGUUCCCCGAGGGACCAUGAUGCCUCUGGCACCGACGCCAAUAGCCGCGGUGCCCUCCAAGCCCAAGAUAGGCUUCUCCAUCGACUCGAUCGUGGGCGGCGGCGGCGGGGGAGGCGGGGCGAGCCCGCCGCCCCCGGCCGCCCCCCGCUCGCCCGACUGCGACGUCGUGACGACCGACAGCCCGCCGCCCAGCCCCGCCUCCUCGUCCUCGCCGCCGCCGGGCCCGCCCGUCGUGCGGCCGUCCGCGCUGCCGCCGCCGCCGCACGUGUUCCCGCCCCCGGAGGCGGCGGGCGCGCUCAAGGCGCUGUACCUGCCCGAGCCGCUGGUGCACCCGCACGCGCACCACCACCACCACCAGCAGCUGCAGGCGCUGGCGGCGGCGGCGGCGGCGCAGCACUUCGGGCUGGCGGCGGCGCUGCAGGGGGCGGGGCCCGGCGCGGCGGGGUUCCCCGGGGGCGGCGGCCACCACCUGCCGCCGCACCAGCACCACCACCCGCCGCCGCGGGACACCUACCCGCUGUACCCGUGGCUGCUGUCGCGCCACGGCCGCAUCUUCCCGCACAGGUUCCCCGCAGGGCCGGACAUCCCGGGCUUCCUGCUGCAGCCGUUCCGCAAGCCCAAGCGGAUCCGCACGGCCUUCAGCCCCAGCCAGCUGCUGAAGCUGGAGCACGCCUUCGAGAAGAACCACUACGUGGUGGGCGCGGAGAGGAAGCAGCUGGCGCAGUCGCUCAGCCUCACCGAGACGCAGGUGAAGGUGUGGUUCCAGAACCGGCGCACGAAGCACAAGCGCAUGCAGCAGGAGGAAGAGGCCAAGGCGCAGCAGCAGGCGGCGGCGGGCAACAAGAACUCGCACCACGUCACCAAGUGGAAGCAGGAGACGUCGCAGCCGCAGCCGCAGCAGCAGCAGCAGCAGCAGCAGCAGCAGUCGUCCGAGCAGCAGCAGCAGCAGCAGCAGCAGCAGCAGUACCCGCAGGACGGCGACAGCUGCAGCUCGGGCUCGGAGACCUGAGGCGAGGCGCCGCGAGGGUCGCCGACGACAGGCACCGCGCGGUCCUAGACCUCGCUGGUCUCCCGACCACCGCCGUUCCACCGAGGUGUCUGCCCAGCGUCUUGGGAGUCAUUGGUGGUGGUGUGAACUGGGAAGCGGCCCGCGUUGAGGACUUCCAAAUCCACCCCCCCAUCCCCCCUUCCCGAGAACCGUUCUCAACCCAAAGACGUUGCGAAGAAAAAAACCCGCUCUUGUUCGCCUACCGCACCGACAGGGUACCUCAAGAGCCAGGGGGUCCUAGAUCUCCAAUUCCCGGGUACGCUUGAAGACGAGGAUCGAGGUACCUCCCGAGAAACUUCCUUCCACCAAAGAACCGUGCCACCAGCCUGCCCAUCACGGUGAAUGACUCUAGCUAUCGCAACGAGCAGCUCAGCUGCACCGGCGCGGCGCUCGUCUGAAACGAGCGCCCAGAUGUGGCGACCAUAUUUUUUUUUCUCGUCUCUUCGUCAGCGCGCUGGUGUUCACGUUUCUAAGUGCGCCUUCUUAACACUCGGCCGUUAAUUCCGGUGCUGCAAGUGACACUCACUUUGAGACGUCGUUCAUUUAGCAUCACAAGGUCCUCUUGGGGGGAAAAAAAAAACCUGUUCUGUUACAAACUCCCAAGCGCUUCAGUGUGCAGCCUACGUCAUCCUAUUUCCGGCACGCCAGGAGAGCGCGUACAGUCAACAUGAAGGCGCAGAUUUUCUUCAAGCGAGCUGAUAAGUGAUAUUAAAGUUUUAAAAAUUCCCUUUCGGCUAGGCUUAAAGUUGCAAGCAGUUUUCACAGUUCAUAUUACUUUACGUUGGAGCAAACCAAAUGUCAUCAUCCCUUGCAGUAAAAGUUAGCUGCAUAAAAAAUAAAUUAUUGGAAGUUGUGAAAUGAAGAAGUAAUAAUUUUUUUUUUUUUUUUUUUGUUAUUUGACCCUUAUGGUUUCCAGCUUUUGAGCUAACGGUGGUGUUGUCAGGAAUCAUUCAAAACAAAACCUUUCGGGUCUCUUCUUAGAUGCAAUAUAUUGUUUUAUGUAUUAAAGAAAUUAUAAUAAUUUUUAAUUAUUUUUCAAAACCUCCCCAUUAACGGACACGACUGAUAUUUCACAAGUACAGUAUUUGCUAUUACGUGUUCUUGGAGAACAGUCACGAUCCGGAUGAAGUGUAUAUAAAGCUAUAGCGUGAUAUUUAUUUGAUUUAAUUAUUUUUGGUUUAAUUUUUAUGUCGAGUUAUAAAAAAAAUUUUGAUUUCACUACGCCGUUAGGAAUUAGAUCAAGUAAACGGACUUUAAACUUAAAUACACAAAUAAGUAUAUUUAUUUAUUUUCUGGAUAUUUAUUUAUUUACUAUUCCUGUGCCCGAUGGGAAAGUAUUUGAUCAUCAUUUUUGAUCAACUACCAAAACGCUGAAACAACUGACUUUUAUUAAUAAUCAGGCGCAUUAACACCAAACUCCGUAUUUAUAACUUCUAUACAAAUUUUCAUUCCUUAUUUAACCUCCUUAGGGGAUGAGUUAAAAAAAAAUUCUUAGUGCUCACCUACGUAAGGAACUCUAUACAAUAUGUCAUGCUUCUAGAUCCAAUGGUUUAAGGAUUGCGUUGCUGUCAGAGUUAGAGCUAUAUUAAGUUGAUUUAUUAUUUUUAUUUUCUGGAUCUUCAUAGAAACAACGCCAUAUUCCAGUCUUUUGUUCCUUUGUUUACAGAGUAAACAGCCUCGAGUAAGGCAGAAAAGUAUACUUACUGUAGACUUAAAGAUAUUUUUGAAGAUUUUGCAGGAAGGGUAGGUCAGUUCAGCACUCAAAAAUUUAUUAUGAACAUUGUACAACCCGUACACUGUAAUUUUUUUUUGUAAAUGGAAAAUAAAUAAUAAAGUAAAAUUACAGAUAAUGGUAAAAUUAAACACAUGAAAAUAACUGUCCCACUACCAAAUAGUGUUCGCAGUAAUACUGGGUUUGGAUUCAUACCCUGGAAUUUAUGCUCUGUGUUGUCCCAGAAUCUCUAAUAGUUAGAGUUACAAUUUGUAAACCGUUCCCUGAAUAGCCUUCCAAUAUUAACUGUGCACAUUAACAAGCAUAAUAAAACAAAAUAAAUUCCAAUUAUUAAAUAUUCUACUAUCUUUUCAGUGCAUUAAUAAACUGUAAUUUAAUGAAAGAUGAAUUAGAAAAUAAAAUUACGCGCCAAUUUUCAUAAGAAAAAGGUACUCACUAUUAUCUCUAAUAAUAUAUUUCAUAUGCAAAAAUAACCAUAGCCAUGUGUUGUACAAAGGUGACAAUAUCUUUCUUGUAGCAUUACAAACUAUUUCUUGGCAACUGUUUUCCAAAGGAACGUUUUUUAAAAGUACAGAAUAUUUUUUUUCUGUGUGUACUAUAAAAAAUGUUAACAGUGUAACAGAUCAUUCUAUAGCUCUCACAGUUCAAUGGCAUACGUGAAAAACAAACACACACGCGCAUCUGCAUUUCUUGGGCUAAAUUAAUCUACACAUAGCCUAUAUGAUGUUUGGAACUCAAAUAGGUUCAACCCACCUACACUAAAUUUUAAUAAUUUCUUCUUUGAAUACGUUGUAAAUAGACAAUAAUUUCUGCAAAUUUUUUUAAAUAUAAACUUAUUUCAAUCUAUACGUACUCUUUCUUGGCAAUGUUUAUAUUCUCAGCAGUUCAUCAGCGACCACGUGCAUAACGAACGAAAUAGUUUAACGAUGACGAAUAGGCUAAGCCACGCCCAAUUUGUAGAGACCUGCAAAAUUCGCGGAUUCAUUCGGUGAUCGGCUAGAAUUCAAACACAUAUACCUCUUAGAUAAUUUUGCUAUUGGCUUACCGUUCAUCUGGACGAAUCUCAACCAGUUAUAAACCCUCAACCAAAGAAGGAUCGAAUCACAGACAAACCAGCUGAGACGACUUACAAGUCGGCAGCCGAUGAACUUGCGUUAUUUGCCCGAGUGUACAGGGGGUAUGUGCAGUCCAUCCUGAAGGCCAUCGAAAACCGCGGAUUUCGCAGGUCUCUACCAAUUUGUUAUCGCAAUGUUACAAUGCACCUACCUUUCAAGGAGGCUGCACCAAUAACGCUUCGUGACCCCACCUCGUGGUUCUGGUUGGAGGUGCUCUUAAACACACAGCCGCGGCAGUCCAUUCGUUAGGUGCACGUUGUUAAAAAAAUAUUAUUACAAAGAGUACGGGUUGAAAAAAUGUCCAAAGAUAUUCGAGAAUUCGAGAUAUCCGUGAAUUCGUGUUUUAUCUUCGAGAAUUUAGGGGUACUAUACCUACGUUUAUUUAUACUUGGAUCAUAAAACUCAUCAUCGUCCAUCUUUAAAAAAAACUAGUUAAUUCCACAUUAAAAAAAGAACCCUGGCAUGUCAAAAUCCCUCGUCGUUUCUACGGAGACCAUUUUGUAUAGAAUAACGAACUCAUUCGGAGGUGAGAAUUCAAUGUCGGACGCAGGGUGAAAAGGAAAUAGGGGGGGGGGGGAGAAUUAUAUAGGCCUAUAGGUAUUCCCCCCUCGCCCCACUAGAUGGGAAAAAAUUCAAAAUAUCAGUGGGCGAAGCAAGGUGAGCUGUUACAAUACCCCGUAAUUUCAACUCCGUGAGAAGCCUGUCGUCUGCAACUACAACUGUAUGCCCAUAUUUCAGAAUAGUAAUGUAUUUUAUUUUAAAUACCCGUACGCGUGAUAAAUUUUUUUCGUAUUUCCCUCCCUCCCUCUAAAAAAAAUUCUUUCAUCCGCCACUGUGUUAGUUCUUCGUUGAUGAAGUUCGUAAUUUUACUUUAAUUUUCAACCACCUAGCUAAUAUAUUUGCGAUAUCUCUGAAUGGAUAGUUGAUUCAGCGAUCUUUAUUACAAGAGGAAAAAAAGAGACCGACAACUAAACCGAAUGCAUGCUGAUGACAACAGUUUAUUUCUUUUCUUUCGUGAACCUAACAAUCCACUUGAGACACUACAAAAAACCAACUAUUUCACAAAGUUGUAAGUUCCUAAAGCACGUGAAGAAACGUAGUUGUGAGAUUUCUGUUCAUGCCACUCGCGGAGAAACAAACUAUGCCACAAUGAGAUUCAUUUCUGCCCAGCGUGAUUUUAUUUCUGUAAAUUAAACUGAAAUAAUCAUGUAAAAUUACAGAUAUUUGUAAAAUUGUUUGCAAUAAUACUGAGUUAAAUUUUUGCCUGGGAAUUUAUGCUUUGUGUUGUCCCAGUACCUCCAAUAGUUAAAGUUACUUGUAAACCAUUUUCUGAAUAGCUUUGCAGUAUUAACUGCACACAUAAUAAGCAUGAUACAACAAAAUAACGUCAAAAUAUUGAAUAUUAGAUUAUCUUUUCCAUGGUUUAAAAAAAUAGGCUUAAAAUAAACAUAAAUUAAAUUUUCGUAAUAAAUAUUUAGUAAUUUAUAGAUAAAAGUAUUUAUAGAUAAAUGCAAAAAUAACCAUCGCCAUGUGUUGUACAAAUUAUGAUAUAUUUUUUGUAGUAUUGCAAACUAUUUCGUGGCAACUGGUUCCCAAAAGAAUCGUUUAAGUACCGAAAAGUUUUUUUUCUGUGUGUUAAGACUAGUACGUCAGUAAUAUUAUUAGCCUAGCAUUCGUAUAAUUUUCAAGGAUAUUUUUACUAAAUUUAUCUCUAAAAUAUCUGAACCGUGUUUACUUUAGAGCGAUUUUUCCGAAUGAACGUUAAAUUAGGUUGAACAUAUUUCUUUCAAAAACAUGUUAAAUUAAAAAAAUCUGUAAAAUUAUUGGUAUGUGUAAAAACUGCGUGUUCACAAUAACUUGAUGUUUUUCUGUCGCGUUGCGUCAGCCUCGAAUCCGUCAAGCAAUUGUGAUUUCAGCAUGAAAGUAACCUAAAGACAUGCUUUUCUGCAUUUACAUUAAAUAUCUUGUUCAUUUAUUAAAUUUUAUAUUCCAUUAUCAACCACGUAUUACCAGCGUAUGGGUAAAAAUAAAACUUUUUAAAAUCUAUUUAUUUUAAAUAUGUCGUAACAUUUACAAUUAUGUUAGCACAGUGAUGACGUAAAAUAAAUGCGAUGUUUAUCACUGGUUACAUAUAGAAAAAAUUCAUCGGGAGCGUUUAAAGAAAAACCGUUUACAUUUUAAAAUUAAUUUGAUACUUAAUUUAGUAUUUAAACACUCAAACGCCAGUGGUCUUCAUUACGUUUUUAAAAUACUGCCCUGAACUAAAUAUGAAGGUUGGCCAAUAACUUCAAAUAAUGCAUCCAAUAAUUUGCUACAGCAAAUUAUAAAUUAUCAUGUUCUCUUUGCUGGUUUGAAUUGUCUCUUAAGAACUAAUGUUCAUUAAUGUUGACACAAAUUACAACUAUAAUCAUAUUAAAGUCAUUUUAGUUUUGAAAAUAGUUUCAAGUGAGGUCGAAAACAAUUCCCGAGUUAACUUGUUAAAUGUGAAUACAAGUCAAAGUUAAAUAUAUAUCCAAUGCAAUGUGUUUUAUGCAUAUAUUUCAGAAUUAUUUACAGAAAAUUAAUUUUACUGCUACAGGUUUUGCCAUUUAAUAUGUGGAGUAACUCUAUGCAUUAAAACUUAAAAUUUAAGAGCAACAAUUUACCUUUUGGUGCUGUGCUACCUUCGUACAAAAUAUGUUUUGAAGAAAAUGAUAAAAAGUGAUUGCAAACUUAAUUGUAUGUGUGAGAACAAAUGAAAAUUAAAAAAAAGGGAUUUUUUCGCAUGUAAACGCUGCUGGUACCGUGAGUAUUUCUAACCAUGCUGUGUUUCGUGACUAUAAAAACAAUGUGUGAAAACAGACACAAACCGUCUUUAGUGCCAAAAUAUUGUAUAUAUCGAAGAUACUUCGUUGAAGACCCGUUUUUAUUUAUAUCUCAACAAAAAUAUGUAAAGUAAUAAUAUAUGAUAGAGAGUUGUAUGAUACUGUCAUUUAGUGUCCUCUUAUUCAGGUGUGUUCGCAAAUCAGAGGCACUGAAUCGCUGAAUGUACUAUGGCCGUUCUUGCUAUAUUUAAUAAAUGUAACUAAAAGUGAUAUUAUGUAUAGACCGUUUGAUUACUGUGUAUUUAUAUAAGUAGGUGUCAUUGCAAGAGUUAUGUUUUUUUUAACACAAAACCUUCAUAUUGCCGGAAUUUACAUUUCAGAAAAAGUAGACAAAUAAUUAUUUUAACCUGAGUAGUUCGAAUACAAAUAUUACUAAUUGAUUGGAUUAUUUAGCUAUAUUUAUUAAAUAUUUAGUUUUUAUGACACAUUUCUUAUAUGAAUGCACUGCUACCUUGAAACUAGUUAUAUAGGCUGCAGACAUUUGAUACCUGAUUUAAGAGACGUAACUUACUUUUAAUUAAAUUAUGUAGUCUUAUGAUUUCAUGCUAGAACUUUAGUAGGAGUACAAAUUUUACAACGGAAAUUUAAAAGGUUUAAUGUUUUAAAAGAGUUUGCUUUCAAAAUGUACUGCACCCACAUAGCUCUGUUUAAAAUUAUUUUAAGAUAGUAAAAUGGUCUAAUCCUACUUGUAUUUCAUUGCCGACCAGAAUGCAUUAAAUGUUAAAUUGGCAUUAAUUUAGUACGAAAAGUGUUUUAAUGAUUUUUAUUUCUGAAAUGUUAUAGUAAACAUUUUCUUUGUUUUACUAUUUUCCUAGAAUGUUGUGAAAAACUUGAUAUGUUUUUAAUAAAAAUGAUUUGAACAAAGCCCCAUUAAUUAUUAUGUAAAAAAUGUAAAUACGUUUGAAGAGUACCCACGUUUUAUUUGUGCGUCGUUGUGUAAAUAAAGUGUUUUGAGUGUGAAAACUGAGUAACGUAUAUGAAACAUUUAAGUGUUUUCCGAGAUUCGGUUAUUAUGUAUCGUGAUGCAACAUUAUGUCAAAAACAAGUUGUCCUCCAAAUAUUAAACCGAAUUAGAAAACU